CUGCUGGACAGUUAACUCGGUUUUGGCUCGCCCGGUUUUUGGCAGGCACAGAGAGACUGCUUUGCUUACCUCUCCGGCCUCUUCCUUCGCUUUCUUUAGCUUCCUCAAUUAUUUUCCCCUGUGCAGCUGCUGCCCCCUCUCGCCGUCUGGCAAAGUGGAUUGGCUUUCAAACCCGCGCCUACUGACAAUGUCUACUUGAAGGCCAUCGCAUUGUUUAAGGCCAAUGCGGGUCCCCAUCGCCUUGCAGCUGGCACUGCUGGUGCUGAUCACCUCCCUGGUGGGCUUGGCUGUGAUUUCCAUUGCGACAUGGAAGAAUAAUUACCAUUUUGUGACCAGCAUCAAGUCCCAGGGCUUGGUCCUAACAGCGUCUCUCAAAGCCGGCCAGAUCGCGUCCGAUCUUCAACUGAUUGAAUCCACCUGCGCAACUGUCUCGACGCGCGUUCUCAUUCAAAAUUCCCUGCGAAGGUUCUAUCAAGGGAACACCUCAUAUGAGAAUUGGGCUAAUGCCAUCAUCGAUCUCCAGUCGGCGCUGGGAACCAGUGGUAUUGCGCCUCUCUACCAGGCCAAAAUCUUCUCUCGCAAUGGAGUUGGUGACUCAGGUGGCUUGUUGAAUGUGACCAGCGAUGCGGGAGCUUCCAUUGCCCUUCCCUAUACAUAUGCAAACGGCUCGAGUGUUAUGCUGGGUGACCCUGGCCUGGGAUACCCUCCUUCACUGUAUCCGAACAUAACAUAUACAUUCGCUAAUGGUGUCGAUCCCGCCAAUGCAACGAGUAACGAUGGCACGGCGAGCGCUUUCCCUAACUAUAUCUUCAAUGCCACUUCUGCAUUAUUGUUAGGACCAAUAUCUAUGAAUUCCACUUUGUCGCUUCUUUCAUUUACUCUGCCAAUCAUCAACAAUACUUCCAACACGGAUAUACUGGGAUAUAUGACAAUCGUCGCAAGCGCCACCAGCUUACUGUCGACCUUGGUCAGCCGCGACUUUAUCGACAGCACAGCCCUGGUGCUUCUCAUAGGCCCUGCGGAUCAGUCCAAUUUAUUCCUAGGGGAUGUGCGGCCGGCAGAGGAUAACGAACCGGCUGCUAAUGUGACCGACCUUACCAAUGCUCUCGCGCACUACGUUUUCAUGCCGCCUGUAACCGAAGGCGAAAGUGACCGACAUGAUCAAUACCGCAACAACGAUGCCCCAUUCAAACUCAGCAGUUACCCUCAGGUUCUGGGCGUACUCUCCAAUCCAAAGCCGACAGCUAACAACUCGACGAGUUCUCUCGCAACCACCAACGAGCAAGGCUAUGAGGUGGCCGUCGGAGUCGCUCGACCACAAACUAACGUAGUAGAUUGGGUCGUUAUAAUGGAGGAAACCCACGCACAGGCGUUCGCCUCGGUUGUGCAAUUGCGGAAUAUCAUUCUUGCUUGCGUUUUCGGCACAGCAGGCUUUAUUACUUUGAUAGUAUUCCCCUUGGCACAUUACAGCGUCACUCCAAUUAGAAAGCUCAAGGCGGCCACGGAAAAAGCGAUUCAACCAGGACCAGAACAUCCUUACGGAAGUGCGCUUUCAGUCAAUCACUCUGCUAACGAUGAUGGCAACGACGCUGAUGAGCGUGAUAUUUCGAAAAGUAACUUUUUAACUGAGUUGAAAAAGUUCUUGAGUGGUAAAUGGUAUUCUUCGCAACUUUCCGAAAGUGAAGAAGGUCAUAGACGGCCCUUUAAGGUGCCGCUAAAAGUUAAGGAAUCAAAACACUGUGUCACGGACGAAUUGACAGAGUUAACUGGCACAUUUAACGAAAUGUCAGACGAGCUCAUGAUUCAAUAUACUAGACUUGAGGAACGGGUUGCUGAGAGGACGCGCGAGCUGGAGAUCAGCAAAAGAGCAGCCGAAGCUGCUAACGAGAGCAAAACCCAUUUCAUUGCCAAUAUUUCCCACGAGUUGAAGACUCCGCUAAAUGGUAUUCUUGGAAUGUGUGCAGUAUGCAUGGGCGAGGAGGAUCUUUCAAGAAUCAAGAAAUCGCUGAAAGUUGUGUACAAGUCGGGUGAUCUACUUUUGCACUUGUUGAAUGAUCUAUUGACAUUCAGCAAGAAUGAGAUUGAACAAGCUGUCCGAUUGGAUGAGAAGGAUUUCAACUUGGCCGAUAUCAAGUCGCAGAUCCUGACCAUUUUCGAAAGGCAAUUUCACGAGAAGCGUGUGGAUUUUAGCGUCAAGUUCAUUGGCACUUCCAUUGGAGAGGUCCCACUUCACGAGAGUCUAUUAUCAGAGAAGCAGCCUGUAGUUGCAGUCAGCCCUGCUUUUGGGCCGCCUGGAACGGGCCGUAUGAAAGACAUGGUGCUUUGGGGCGACCAUCAUCGUAUUCUGCAAAUUCUCAUCAACUUGGUCAGUAAUAGUCUGAAGUUUACGCCGGAAGGUGGCUCUGUGGAGGUACGCAUUCGAUGUGUUGGGGAUUAUGAGAAGUCGCGUGAUGUAGGUGGAAAAGUAUCUUUUGAUUCCAAGCAUAGCUCUGGGGUUAAAGAACGGACGUCGUCCGCCAGGUCUAGGGAAAUAGAGCCAGGCCAACCGAGCGGAACGAUCUUACAGGACAACAUCAAAGAACGGGAAAAUUCUAUCAUUUACAGAACCCUAGAAUUUGCCUUUGAAGUUCAAGAUACAGGCCCGGGCAUCCCACCGCAUCUCCUACAAAGAGUCUUCGAGCCGUUUGUACAGGGCGAUUUAGGUCUCAACCGCAAGUUCGGUGGUACAGGUCUUGGUCUGAGUAUCUGCUCGCAAUUGUCUCGGUUGAUGAGCGGCACAAUAGCCCUCGACAGCACCGUUGGCAAGGGCUCGACUUUCACUGUCAAGAUUCCGUUGAAGUUUGUUAAAGAAAUGGCCUCGAGUACACACAGCUCCAGCGAUACCAGUUCACGACCGCAGAGCAAGGUGUUUCUCGUUGACGACCCGAACAGUCGACCGGACACUCCAUCCAAGAAAUCCAAUGAAUCCCAAGACCUGCAGCCCCGACUAGUUGGUCUCAGUCAGCCUUUCUUUGCUGCUGCACCGCCACCAACAUCACAACCCACAUCUUCUGUGCCAGGUUCCAUCAAUACUAGCGACAGCAAAACCCAAGCCAUGAGCACCAUCACACCUGUCUCGUCAACAAAAAGCGGCCGAACCCGCGUUCUCGUCGCCGAUGACAAUGCCGUCAACCAAGAAGUCGUUCUCCGCAUGCUGAAACUCGAGGAUAUAUACGACGUCACCAUUGCCAAGGACGGACAAGAGGCGUACGACACCGUCAAAGCCGCGAUGUCCGAGGGCAAUCAAUUCGAUCUGAUAUUCAUGGAUAUCCAAAUGCCCAACGUUGAUGGUCUGCAAAGCACGCGUCUGAUCCGCGAAAUGGGGUAUUCUGCGCCGAUUGUGGCGUUGAGUGCAUUUGCCGAGGAGAGCAAUAUUAAGGAUUGUAUGGAAAGUGGAAUGGAUAUGUUUUUAUCGAAGCCUAUUAGACGACCAGCGCUGAAACAGGUGCUGCAAAAGUUUGCCACUAUCGAGGAAGAAGAGGGCGAGUUGGCGACGCCGUGAUUUUCACCAUCUGCGAGUUCCUUACGUAUUUGAAACUAUGCAUUGCGUUGGAUGGAUAUCUUUUAGUCUUUGUUAUUCGGUGUUGGAGUGAGGUGGCGAUAUGCAUAUACAUGAUUGGCAUACGCGGUUGCAUAUUAUAUUCGGAAUGUUAUUUCGGCUUAGGAGUAAAUGGACUGUAUAAGUACAUGAAUUAUAUAUACUGGU